CUUUAAAACAAGGUUAGCGCACAGCGACGCAACAGUCGACUAGAGCCUUCGCGACGAACGUGCGCCAUGACGGAGUAACACGUACCUGAUCACGCCAAAUUAGAUGUUAAUAAUACCAAUAAAAUAUAUAGGGCAGAAAUAAAUUGUGACAGCUGUGGCAUUUAUUUUUUUUUAAUUAAUCUCCGAAUUAAGUCAAAAUGGGUUUAAGACAUGAGGACGACAAGCGACCAAGCAAAUUGGCGAUCAUGGAUGACAUAUCGGACACGCCGCGUGGCCUGGGGACCCGUCACUGGGUAACGUUUAUGCUGUUCCUGGGUAUGGCGAACGCUUACAUCAUGAGAACAAACAUGUCGGUCGCCAUAGUCGCCAUGGUCAAUCACACCGCGCUGCCCGUCAAACAAGAAGCUCUGGACACUGAGUGCGGGAACGUAGAUUCAAAUGUCACUAAAGUGGCGCAAUUACAAGACGGCUCGUUCGUCUGGAGCUCCAGCCUGCAAGGUUACAUCCUGUCUUCCUUUUUCUACGGUUACGUCAUCACGCAGAUACCUUUCGGCAUUUUAUCUAAAAGGUACGGCGCUCGUCUGUUCUUGGGCGUGGGCAUGUUGAUCAACUCCGUGUUCGGUCUUCUGGUGCCUGUGGCUGCCGAGGCCGGCGUCUGGUGGCUCAUACUAGUGAGGUUCAUCCAGGGUUUGGGAGAGGGACCGAUCGUGCCGUGUUCUCAUGCGAUGUUAGCGAAAUGGAUUCCUCCUAACGAGAGAAGCCGUAUGGGAGCGGCGGUGUAUGCUGGUGCUCAGUUCGGUACUGUCAUAUCAAUGCCUCUCUCCGGUCUCCUCUCCGCGUACGGCUUCGCUGGUGGAUGGCCGUCCAUCUUCUACGUGUUCGGUCUCGUGGGUACGUUGUGGUGCAUCAUGUUCCUGCUGUUCGUGUCCGAAGAUCCUGAACAGUGUCCGCGGAUCAAAGAGGCCGAGAAGAAAUACAUUCUGAGCUCGCUGUGGGGCGCCGCCGGCUCUAGUUCUCCUCCAAUACCGUGGAGCAAGAUCCUUUUGUCCACGCCGUUUUGGGCCAUCAUGUUGGCACACAUGGGACAGAACUACGGCUACGAGACUCUGAUGACGGAGCUGCCGACCUUCAUGAGACAGGUGCUGCACUUCUCCAUCAAGGAUAACGGGUUCGUGUCGGCUCUUCCAUACUUGUGCAUGUGGCUGUUCUCCAUGUUUAUUUCGGUGGUCGCUGAUUGGAUGCUCUCCAGCGGUAGAUUCAACCACACUCAAGUCCGAAAGAUCAUCAACAGUAUUGGUGAGUAUGGCCCAGCGAUAGGUCUGUUCGUGGCGGCUAACACGGGCUGCGACCCCGCCGCCACAGUCGCCAUACUGGCCGUGGGAGUUGGGCUCAACGGAGGAAUAUACUCAGGGUUCAAGGUGAACCACCUGGACGUCUCUCCUCGGUUCGCCGGUAUCUUGAUGGCCUUCACUAACUGUCUUGCCAACCUCACCGGCCUGCUGGCGCCCAUCAUCGCCGGAUACAUCAUCGAGGGCAACCCCUCUCAGGCUCAAUGGAAGAAGGUAUUCUACAUCGCUGGAGGCGUUUACAUAUUCUGCGCGACCUUCUACAACAUUUUCGGCUCGGGGAGGAGACAAGACUGGGACAAUCCCGCGGAGGACGAAGCCAUAGCCAAGAAGGCCGCCGCAAAGAAGAACAACAAGCUGGAGAGACAAGCGAACCAGAACACAGCGGAAACCGCGCAAUAGCAGGGUUUAUAAAGCGGCAAACACAACUGUCAACAUUGUCUAUGGUGGACUCACACUGAAAAUAAUACUGGCAGUAUCCGAUUGUCUAUACUCUAUAACAAGAUGUUGUCUAUGCCGAGAAAUAAUUGAAAAUUAGCCAAUAAUAUACCAUGUUUGGUUUGUUUUUUUACUAAUAAUUGUAUAGUUGUGUUUGCAGACAGUUACGAUAUAAAUUCCGAUGUUUUAUGAGAUGUCGGUGAGAAAAAUGUUAUAAAUAAUCUUAUUCGACAGGUUAUUUUGUUAGGUUUCUAUGAAAAUGGUUACGGGGUGAUAAUAUUUGUGUAUUACAUUGAAAUUUAUUUUAGAUGUAAAAGAAGCUUAUAUCGAAUGCAAAUAUAAUUUGCACGUAUAUUAAGUGAGCCGUUAUAUUGAUAGUUAUCACGCAGUCUUUAUUUAUUGUAUGCGAAAUAAAUUAAUAAGACGCACAUCGACGAGGCUGUGAUAGAUUCGCGUGUAGAAGCUGACAUGGAACUUAUAUCGUAACGCUCGUUUUAAAAUCUUGCUAUUUAUUUAUUUUCUUUAAUAUAGAUACCAUACAAGUAUUGUUUAUAAUUUUAUAGUUUGAUGACGGUAUAACAGAGACGCGUGCAAGGUGAUAGUGAUGUCGGGUCCAAGAUUUUUGAUACGUUACCUUCCUAGACAGUAAACGUCCGAAAACCUCGCAAAAAAUUAUUUAAUAGACAAAAAUUUUAAGCUCGAAUAUAAAGUUACUAGUGAUUAUAAAACGAAACAAUUUUUUUUUAGACGCAUUCAGAAUAUAAUCUGUGUCUAGUUUGUCAACUGUCAAACGGUAAAGACUUGUUGUGAUUGCGAGCCCCUCCCUGUUCGCGUAGCGAAUGUUGUUGCGGUAGUUAAGUGGUCACUACACUCGUAUUUGCGAAGUUGUUCAAGUGAAAAAAGCAGUGAAGUUCUAUAAGAAAUUUAUUACACAUUACGCUUUAUAAAACCUCGCUAGUAGAAGAACUUUGUAAAAUCUUCAUUACAUCGUCACUUGUUAACUAGUUCUCUUUAUUGCUGGCUUAUAAGCCGGCCACAACUGAAAGUCAAAUGAGAAACGAGGUAGCACAAAACAACACGAGAUAAUACUGAACACUUCGCGUGGCGUGUAGUGGUCGCUUUAGAAUUUUAAGGUUUAAGUUAUUUAUAAAUAGCAAUGUAGUCCACGCGUCAGACGACGUGCUAGAGCUAAUGUGAUCAUUCUGUUAUUAAGUAAUUUUAAGAAAUUUUUUACCGACACCGCACACAACUAAAACAAUCGCAAGUAAAUAUACAGACGCCUUUAGUAGACGGUAAAUAAAACUUUUAUAUACAUUUAAAUUUACAGUAUUUAGUAUAAUUAUAAUGAAGUUUGUAUUGUGUGCGGUGGACCUUUUGAUAACCAUUAGUCUUGUAUCACGUAAUGAAGUAUUUUGGUUGAUAUUUUACUGAUUGAUAAUUAUUUGUGACUCUCGCAAGAGAUAAAAACAAUGUAAUGUGUCAGACACAAUACAUAUUAUGUGGUAUAUAUUAAUGUUUGUAAACUAUACAUAUAAACAAUUUUGAGAAUACGAGUUUUUAAAUUA